ACUAGCAUACUUCUAAGCAGCUGGACUGAAGUGUUCCAUUCAUAACUUUACUCUACAUGUGUUAGCUACAUGGAGCGGGAGAGUAUUCCAUACGGAAAGAGAGCAUAAAGACAGCAUGCAGCAUAGUUCGCGGUGAAAGGCGUAUCAUAUAUCCGCGUGUUCUAGCCAUAACUUCGCCUCUUCGCCAGAGAUACAUGCCAGUUUUUACCACUCAUCGAACCCGAACGCAUUGCGAAUAAGGAAAACGAUACUUCUGUACCUUUUAUCCUAGUAGAAACUGACAUGGUGGCGUAAUACCAGUUUCUUAGAUUUUUUUUGCAUCUACCGUAAAGAAGUUAAAGGAUUAUAAUCCAGAAACCGCUGAAAAGUGAUUGUGAACAGAAAAAAUCUGUGUGAAAAUAGCUUACUCUGGGAAGUGGUCAAUUUAGUGUUGUGCAUGUGUGUUGUGCAGUGAAAGAAGAGUUCCUUGAACUGGUCCUUCAGAAGAUUUGAGAGUGAUUGAUACCUGCGAGUACGAAAUUAGUGUAGCAAUUAGGAAGUAUAGAAUCAAAGGUUCCUAGCGACUCAUUGCUUUUUUGAUGAGCUAGAAUUGCCGUCCUGUUAUCAGCUGUCUAUUGUGCUGAAACGUCCGUUCCAGAGAAGCUCGCUGCUACAAAAAAUGUCACACCAUGGCGGCAGCAAAGACAACACAAAGGAAUUUUCAGUGGUUACAACAUCCCCAACAGCGGCCUCGGCAGCUGUCAACGGAAUUCUUCCACAGGAGCACUCGUGUGAGAUAUGUGGUGCAUCCGGUUUGUCUGAUGAUGCGAUGCGAGAACACACGCGUCAAUGUCACGUGGAGGGUAGCGCGCAGUGUCCGUUUUGUGGAUUAAGCGGUGUACCAGCAGCUGAGCUGUUAUUGCACGUUAAUCAAGCCCAUUUGGACUAUCUCACACCGGAAAAUGAAUUAAUGAGCUUCAUUGAUGAUCAGACUCCAAGUAUUGAUGGUGAUUCUGACUCUAUUUCCGACUGCCGUGGUUUGUCGCCAUCAAUCACAGCUGAGCUUCUUACACCGGUUGCAAGUUCCGCCAACAGUAAGGCUGGAAUUAGUAAUGGAGUUGUUUUGGCAAAUAGUUCAUCAAUUAUUAACACGACAGCGCAUUACAACAGUGUCAACAAUGGAACAAGUACUAGCAACAAUAGGGCUAGUUCAUCGAUGAGCAUUUCGGCCACUAGUAUCAGUAGCGGUAAAUCUAUCACUGAAGCUCCGUUGAAUGGAUUUUGUAAUGGUAGUAUGGGCGCUAGUUGUACUAACUACAACCACUCAAACAGUAACAUGAACAAGAUCAGUCAACAGCAACCGUUGAACAACCAGUAUCCUGAUGUAAUGGUAACUAGUACAACCGACAAAAACUGUGAUAUAACGAACGAGAGCAAAGAAGUGAUAAUGAAUGGCGGAGGAGCCGGAUGUACCAGUGGGACGUCAACAAGCAGUAAUGCUACUACCAGCAGCACUCCUAACGGAAGUGGUGCUGGUGGUCAAGGAUCCCCCCUCCGAUCCCAACUAGGACUAAAACUAAAAUCCCACAAACCAGUCCCUACCAUCACUACUAAGCCAAGUCCGUUACAAUGUCUGUUAUGUCCGUACACAACCGAAAAUCCGACGGUACUAGAAGAGCAUAUUAAUCGAUCACACUUUGAUCCACUUAGUCCUAGUAUAAACAACGGAGCCAGCGGGGAUUCCCAUCUAGAUACCCUUAGCGCGCUGCAAUGUCCAAUUUGUGCUAGAACAUUCGAAUCUGGUUCAGAUUUAGAACUACACGUUAACAUAGAACAUCGUGAUAUUUUGAGUCCGGCAAAAGCGGAUCGGCAGAAUGGCGGAACACCAGCGGCAGCUGCUGCUGCUUCUGUGAAUGGUAGUCUUACCGGUAGUCUUUGUCCAGUAUGUGGAAUAUCCUUCGACAACAUGAAAACUGCAGACAUGGAAAUCCAUAUAGAGAAACACUUUAGCAAAAGUCCACAGAACCCAAUCACGAUUGAGCCGGACCUAGAGAAGCAAGCACAAAAACUACGUGAACAGCGGGAAUUCGAAAUGUUACGGGCCCAGUACGGUAUGGAUGAUCAAGGAAACUUUCGGGAACAAUCUGCAGCUGCCAUGCAACGAGCUGUUUAUGCCGGUGAAAUGAGUGUUGCGGAUUAUUAUGAACGGCAGGUUGGGUUGCGAGCCGCUGAAUCUCAUGGUGUGGAUGAUGGCUCGUCUUGUACAAAAACGGUAUCACCAAGAGUCCUUGCACUGUCGUCGUCGUCACCUAAUGUGCUCAAGACAUACGUGUGUUCCAGUGUAGAUCACUAUGCUUCUAGCUACGGUGAUAAAGGGUGGGGUUGCGGCUACCGAAAUUUGCAGAUGAUGCUUUCGUCUUUGUUGCAGAACACCGCUUACAACGAAGCUCUUUAUUCUGCGUGGGGUUCACACGGUCCAGCACGGACAGCUAUGCCAAGCAUUUCACGCUUACAACGUAUGGUUGAAGCUGCAUGGGCCCAAGGGUUUGAUGUGCAAGGUUCUGAACAGCUCGGAUGUAGACUGUACAACACGCGGAAGUGGAUUGGAGCAACGGAAAUUGUCACAGUGCUCUCGUGGUUAAGAAUACGCUGUGAACUAGUGGAUUUUCAUCGACCAACUUCUCUGGACGGUCGCCAUCCGGAGCUUUUCAAUUGGGUUAUGCGCUACUUCGAAGAACCUAGAAUACAUACACCACCAUUGUAUCUGCAACAUCAAGGACAUUCGAGAACCAUUAUAGGAAUUGAACAGCGUACCUCCGGGUUAUCGUUACUUGUAUUGGAUCCUAGCCAUGGUCCAAGGCAGGUCGCGGCGCUAGGAUCUUCGCAAGAUUCGUUACGGUUAAUUAGGAAAAACUCGGCUGCAAUGAGAGCGCCACAAUAUCAAGUGGUAGCCGUAAAAGGACUCAUCGAAACAGAAGAGCAAUAUCAGACGAGUAAAGUAUUGCGAUCUCUUAGAAUACCACCCGACCGUUGACGUGCUGUCUUCCUGACAUUCGUCCGUGUCUCGCUGAUUUAAGGAAAACUUUUAAUUUUACCUAGACUAGCCUAGAAGAAAUUAAUACUUAACUUACUUUAGCUAAGCGACAGGAAGCGAAAUUAAAACCGGAGAUUGAAAUACUUUUAUGAAUCCCUUGGAUAUUGCUAACACACAAUACACUCACUCGAAACACCGAACUCAAAUGACUUAUUCUAAACAACUAACGCAAUAAACCAACCUAAUUAAUAUUGUCCAACAAUGUCUAAAAGAAUAGUUUAUGCUGCUCACCGCAAAUGUCAGUUGUUCUGUUCUCAGCUUUAGCAGAGGUCAUUUUGCUCAUAUUUCAAUAUAUUUGUUCCCCCUCCCCGAUUUCCCUGCAGAUGGAAGUUUUUAUAUUUCCAUGCUGCGAUGGCCCUGCGGGUAGAAAAGCUAACAUCGUACGUAGGUUUCGUUGGUCGGCAUCUUGCUUAGCACUGAAUGUCGAUUGCAGUUCAAAUUGUUCAUGAAAAAAAAAAAAAACGACAACUAAAA